UUAAUUAACUUCAUCUUUAAUAAUUUGUAAGUUUUCGAUAAGUGUCAAAACAAGGGUGGUUCCAAAUCUCAAAUGGAGUAUCCGAUUAAAAGAGUUAAUAAUGACAAAUCAUUGAGAUGUCUUAUUGAAAAUUACCAGAUUACUAUUCUAAAUCCAUGCCGGCGAGGAAAGAAACUGCUAGUUCUUGAUAUAGACCACACUCUAUCUGAUCAUACAACGUCAGAAGACCCCAUGAGACCAUAUCUACAUGAAUUUCUCUCGGUCACUUACGCAAAGUAUGAUAUCAUUAUCUGGUCUGCAUCCAGAAUGAAGAAGAUUAAGUCCAAACUAGAACAACUUGGAGUUAUUAAUAGCCCCAAUUAUAAUAUAGUCACACUUCUUGAUCGUAAGGCAAUGUUGAUGACUAGCAACAUAAUAAAAGAUCGUGACAGUGGCAGGUCAUUUACUACUUGCAAGCCCUUACAUCUAAUUUGGGCCAAAUUUCCAGAGUUUUACGACCCGAGAAACACUAUAAUGGUGGAUGAUAUGGAGAAGAACUUUAAAAUGAAUCCACAGAAUGGUCUGACCAUAAAGGCAUUCUGGAAGCACAACUAUGCUAAUGAUGAGGAACUCUGUAAACUUGCCCAAUAUUUGCUUGCCAUUUCUGAACUUGAUGACUUAAGUUCCCUCGAUCACAAAUGUUGGGAGAAAUAUUUAACGAAGAGUGCAUAAACAAUGGUAGAGCUCGUCCUCCUCCAGAACCACCUCUGUACCAUGAAGAAUUUUGUGGGCUCCCAACCCGUCGCGGGGGCUGAUGAUUUCUGCAAAAAAGGGAGGAUGUUGGAGCUUGUCUGUGGUGAUCAAGAUUCGACUUAAUUUACACGUUUUUAUUUAUUUCUUUUGGUUGUUGGUUUCCAAGAACAUGGUUGUUUCCGUUUCUGUUGUUUUUUGUUUGCGAACUCUUACAUUAGGUGGGGAUGAUGAUUCUGCUUUAACCAUGAUAGGCUCGUGUAGACCCGUUAUAGGAUCAGCGAAUCAUAUUGCUCUGUCUAGGGUGAUUGGUUCUCCGGCUGGUUCGAGGGUUGAUGGCUGGGAGUGGUUUCUUUAUCUUUGUUAUGCCUCGCUGAAUGUUCUUUUAUCAAUAUAAGCCGCCUUUUUCCACAAAAAAAAUAUUAUUACAAAGUAAAUUUAGAAUCAUCUUGAGCAAGAAUCAAUCAAGAAUCAACAAAGGAUCAUGGAAGGGAUCUUACAAGAUCAAAGGAAAGUGCAAGGGAACAAGAAAUCAUGCAAGAAAUGUGAUUUGGUGACUUACCCGGUCAGUAUAGCCUUUACCCGGUCGGGUAUGAAGUGACCCGGACAAAAAGACGUGCAGAAAACACAAAAUCGUGGGCAAAAUAUUUGAUUUUGACAAAUACCCGGUCGGGUAUCUCAAAUACCCGGCCGGGUAUCCGGUGCAGCACCUUCAAAACACCUAUAAAUAGCCCCAUUUUUCUUCACUUUUAAUCACUCCUUCUUCCAUACUCUUAAGCUCAG